AUGAUGUUAUGUAAUGGUAAUCUGGGUUCUAAUUCGGCUAAUGAUAAUAAUUGCACCCCUAACACUAGAUACCCUGUUUUUGGGAAUCCUGAGAAAUCGGACAUAAAUUGGAGAGCUCAGUUUGAUUCUGUUACUGAUGAGUGGAUGAAUUUUGGUUGUCCUGAAGAAUUUUCUAAGGAAAAUGAGGAUGAUGCAUUUAUUUGUAGGACAUGGGGAAAAUUUGGGGUAGAUAAGAUUUGCCCAAUGAACAAUGGUAUUUUUGUAGUAAGAUUUAAGGAGUAUGCAGGUCGAGAAAGAGCAUUGAAUGCUGGGCCUGUGUUCUUUGACAAAAACCCAGUGAUUGCUAAGAAAUGGGUGCCUGGGUUGGAUCUAACAGAGGAAAAGGUUGAGGUUAUCCCUGUUUGGGUCAGGCUUCCUGGGCUUGAUCUCAGAUUUUGGGGGCAAUCCACUUUGAUGAAGAUUGGUAGUUUAGUUGGGAAGCCUCUCAAUAUGGAUAGAGCCAUUGCUACGAAAGAACUCAUUGCUUAUGCAAGACUGCUUGUUGAAGUGAAGAUUGGGACUAAGCUCAUUGAGAACAUUGAGUUCAUGGAUGAGAAUGGUUGCUGGGUUCCUAAGAGAAGUAAUCUACCUGCUCAGACUCAGAAAGUGUGGAGGCCUGUUAGAAAUGAUUAUAAGGUUCAGUCUCAGGAAGUUGUUGAUAAUAACAAGGUGAAGAGGACUGAAGGGUGUUUCUCAAUCCUGAGUAGGAUAGGUGAUAAGGAGGAUGGUGAAUUAUUCAGGUCUAAUGGGGAACUGUAUGCUCAGGUAACCCCUUCUGAGAAAGAAUGGAAGACUGUUGGCAGUGAGAGUGUUUUUUUGUUUGGGCUUCUUGAAACUAAGGUUAAGACAGUGAAGUUUGGUUCUGUUUUUGCUAAUUUUGGGGGUGAUUGGGCUGUUAGUGCCAAUUAUUCCAAGCACCCUAAUGGUAGAAUUUGGGUUAUUUGGAAGCCGGAUUUGUUCUAUGUGGAUAUUGUUGAGGUUGAUGCUCAGUUUAUUCACUUGAAAGCUCUUCAUAAAGGUACAGGGAUUUUGUUUUGGUAUACAGUUGUGUAUGGGUUUAACAACCCAGGUUUGAGGGAGCACCUGUGGGAUAGAAUUAGUCAUAUUAGUAGUUGUGUGAAUGGUCCUUGGAUUGUAGGAGGGGAUUUCAACAAUGUUCUGAACAUUGAGGACAGAGUUGGGUCUGCUGUGUCUUUAUCUGAGGUUGAGAAUUUCAGACUUUGUGUCAGGAAUAGUAGUUUGUUAGAGCUGAAGUCUAGUGGGAUGUUUUACACCUGGAACAAUAAGCAGGAGGGAGCUGAUAGGGUGUGUUCCAAGAUUGAUAGAGUUUUUGGUAAUUAUAGGUGGUGCUCAGUAUUUCAGCAUGCUCAUGCUGAAUUUCUGCCUGAAGGAUUAAUGGACCACAGCCCUUGUGUGGUGACUUUUCUUGAAAAUGUAGGGGGAGGCUUUGCCAGGGUGGUUGCUGAGGCUUGGCAGUAUGAUGGUCAAGGCACUGCUAUGUUUAAACUAAUCCAGAAUUUGAAGAGAGUUAAGGUUAGACUUAAAGAUAUUAACUCCCAGCUGAGAUCACAUGUUGAAGAUGAGGAGGCUAAGAAUCCCAGAGAUGAAAGUCUCAUUGCUGGAGAAGGGGAGGCUAGAAAGAGAUUCAGCGAAGCUCACAAUGCUAAGCUUAAGUUCCUCAAACAGAAGGCUAAAGCUCAUUGGGCUAGAGAGGGUGAUAUGAAUACAGCUUUCUUCUAUGCUUGCAUCAGGAAAAGGAGGAUGCAAAACAGUGUGUUUAGCAUUCAAAAAAAGGAUGGUGAGGUUACUAAUGACCCUAAGGAAAUUGCUGAUACUUUCAUUGACUUUUACAAAGGCAUGCUAGGUACUCAUUCAGAUGCUGUCUGGAAGCUUCAUCAGAGUGUCAUUGUUGAGGGGCCUGUGUUGAGUGCUGAUCAGGGUAGUCAGUUAUGCAGAGACUUCAGUGUUGAGGAUGUGAAAAGUGCAUUAUGGAGUAUGGAUGAUAACAGAGCUCCAGGUCUAGAUGGGUUUUCUAGUGGCUUUUUUAAGGCUGCUUGGAAUAUUGUGGGAGAAGAUUUGUGUAAUGCAGUACUUGAUUUCUUUAGGCAUGGCAGAUUACUUAAACAGGUGAAUAAUACACUCCUUACCCUUAUCCCUAAAGUUGAUAAUGCAACUUAA